UUAGCUUUUAAACAAGCGCGCCCCUGCCUGCCUGCCCCGUCUCAUCUGAUAGGUCGCGAUAGGAGGACGCGCCUGCUCCGCCUUGUGCUUUGCCCCGCCCCAAAGCAUCCGCCACCAAACCCAGCGUCACUCUCGAUCACUCCCCUCUGCGUCGGCAGCUCUGCCCUCUCCCUCCCGUUCCCUUCCCCGGUUGCGAGGCACGGCGAUCUCGGCUCGGAUCAGGCCGUCUCGGCUACCUACCAGCGAUGGGAAUGGGAUCGCGGCGGCGCCCAUGCGUGGGCGGUGGUGAUCUUCUCGCCGUCGCGGUGCUGCUGCUCUCUUGCCUCUCCCGCGGCGCGUCCGCCGCGGACCCGGCGGCGUCUUUCGGCGACAACUUCGAGAUCACGGGCGCCGAGGACCACGUCAAGACCUCCGCCGACGGCCAGACCUGGUACCUCUACCUCGACAACAAGACAGGCGUCGGGUUCCAGACGAAGCAGCGGUACCUCUUCGGGUGGUUCAGCAUGAAGCUCAAGCUCGUCGGCAACGACUCCGCCGGCGUCGUCACCGCCUACUACAUGUGCUCGGACGUGGACGCGGCCCCGCAGCGCGACGAGCUUGACUUCGAGUUCCUGGGCAACCGGACGGGGCAGCCCUACAUCAUCCAGACCAACGUGUACCACAACGGCGUCGGCGGCCGGGAGAUGCGCCACUCGCUCUGGUUCGACCCCACCGCCGACUUCCACACCUACGCCAUCCUCUGGAACCCCAAGCACAUCGUGUUCUUCGUGGACAAGGUGCCGAUCCGCGUGUACCCGAACGACGCGAGCAAGCCGGCCAGCAACGGCUUCUUCCCGGUGUCCAAGCCCAUGUACAUCUUCUCCAGCAUCUGGAACGCCGACGACUGGGCCACGCGGGGCGGCCUGGAGAAGACGGACUGGGCCAAGGCGCCCUUCGUCUCCUCCUACCGCGACUUCGCCGCCGACGCCUGCGCGUGGCCGGGAGAGCCCGGCGCGCCGUCGCCGCCGCCGGCGUGCGCGGCCGCCACCGGGGACAGCUGGUGGGACCAGCCGCCGGCGUGGGCGCUGGACGAGGCGCAGCGGCUGGACAACGCAUGGGUGGGGCGCAACGUGCUCAUCUACGACUACUGCGACGACCGCAAGCGGUUCCCCACGCCGCCCGAGGAGUGCGCGCUCCGGAACGCCGGCGCCGCCUCGUGACGGGACCUCGCCGACGAAGACGAUCAGCAGGAUCAUCGGUUGACGAGAUGAUGAUUCAUUUUUCGUGUGUAACUGGUUAUCGAUUUUUGGGGAGAAAGGUCGUAUAUGGUGGCCAAGAUCGAUGGUUGUCGCGUUGGUACGAACAAUGUAUCGGUCAUUCUUUUGGGGGAAUGGAUUCAAUUUUGCCGCUCCAAAGCAAUCUGUUCCUUGA